AUGUCCUUGUGGCAGAGUAUAUCCCAGCUCCCGUAUGGUGCGCAGAACAAUUUCCAAUUCUUUGACAACAAUUACACAAUGAUCUUGAUCAUCGGCAAGCUCAAGAAUAUCGAGCCGCCUAGUCUCAACAGCCAGAAGGAGGGGGCUGCGGCCGAACCUAUCCCGACAGGUGAGAAGAGUAGGAUCUCUCUUGAGGAGAUAUUUGACAACGCUUUCGUCUCCUCCUUCAAGUCUCUCCACUUGGCGGCUUUCAUCAGCGGAGUUUGA